AUGACACCCAAGUUCUUUGUUAUCGCUCGCGUUGUUGGGCGAGAUGGAGCCAUUGAUCUUUGGAAAGACCGGCUUGUCGAGUUAUGCAAAGUGUCAGCUACAGAACCCUACGGCGACUCGUACUACUGGGGUCAAGAUGUCGAUGGUGAGCCCGACACGCUCUGGGGUCUAGAAGGAUACACGCAUCCAAUUGGAUUCUUCAUCGACCAUGUUUCAUCAGAUAUUUUCAAAAGAGAGAUGGCGCUGGUUGACAAGGACGAGCUUUUGCGAACGGCCCAAGGAUUGGCUAGUCCGGACUAUGACCUGCAUCAUUACGAUGAGUACGCAGGUUUUCUUAAGAGGGCUGAUGAUGUCGCAAGAGAUUCUGUGCAGAGCUUCGUGGUGGUGAAGCACUAUUGGGCCAAAAAUGAGAACCUGAGAAGCGAGGUGUUAAAAGGACUAGCACAAUUCGCUGAGGGACUGACUUCGGGCUCUCCUCAGGUUCAGAGCGCAUUGGUGCUGAAGGAAUGUCGGGAUACGAGCAUGGCAAGCUUGUGGCUAAGGUUUGCAUCGGAGGAAGACUGGAAUUUGUGGGAGCGAUCCGAUGGAGUGCAAGAACUUGUUAACAGUGUAGAGGCGAAUUGCGUCCGUAGCGAAACUCAUCGGUCUCGAACCUUUAACGGCCAUUUAGGGAUCAAGGGCUAG